AUGGAGCGCACGUGGUCGACCGACUCGGUCGCCUCUAUACCGAAAAAGUCGCUCCCAGAUCCGGCACGUCUUCGCAAAGCGGCUCGCCGACUCUCCAAUCAAGCUUCCGCUCAGGGCGCGAGAGAAUGGAAGAAGUCGCGCGCACAUCAAUCCAACGACAGCGCCGCCUCCAACGGACAUGCCAAUGGCAACAGCAACAACAUCUCCUACUCGGCUAGCAAUGCCAAGGCUGGUCCAUCCUCGCGACGGCCCCCUCAGGCUGUGGCGACGGCUUCCGAGACACAUCCAUCGCAAGCCUCCAACGUUCGACGACGCAACAUCCUCGACUCUGCUUCCCUUUCCAUCGCCUCCGGCUUCGGCAACCAACGUCACUCGUAUGGGGUCGACUCGAACGCUUCGUCUCCUUUGCCCGCUUCUUCUCGAGCAUCCAGCAUCUCCGCCUGGCCUGCCGCUUCCGACGGGUAUUCUGGCUCUUCUACGGACGGUCCCACUCGCAGGUAUCGUUCCAACACCGCCACGUCCAGGGAAGCCUACUCUGCUGAUCCUUCGGCGGAUGGCGGCGGCGGCUACGCAUCUAGCGACGACGACAAUUCCUCCAGUACCGAUUUUGAGCCAUUCGACUGGGAUGUUGGGCGCAAGCGAAGGAGCAAGGAUCGUUCGCGUUCAUUAGCGCCUGGCAGGUCAACGACACCAUCCAAUGGCCACACAGCAGCAUCAGCGACAGCUGCAGCAUGGCGCGCUGCCACCUCCACUCCACCGCCUCGACCGCCUUCAGCCUCAGGCAGCGAACGGCGCUCCACCUCUCGCUCCGCCAGAUUCACUAUUGGCGGCGCGACUCGAUCGCCAAAGAAGCAAACCCAGCACCUUCCAUCUGACUCGUCAGCCAACACGCAUGUCUCUUCCCGAUCAGCUUCCCGGCCCAACCGCGAUUCCAUCCUCACCCGCGCGAUGGGCGUGGCAGGAUCAUUGGCCUCUUCGGGCGGCAAACCGAAAAUCGCGACCGCUCCUGGUUCUGCGCUGCCAUCGGGUAGUGUGGCCAAAGCAAGACGAGGCAGUCACGAUAAGGGCGCUAGCAGCACGGCACAGGCGCGAAGCAGUAGCACGCCGCGGGAGCCAUCAAGCAAGGUCGGCGGAGAUGCAGCGCGGUCUUCAUCGGCCUCGAAUGCUGCUGGUCCUGCCGACCCAAAGCUCGGACCAGCACCGUCGCGUGGAGGCAUUCGUUCCAAUUGGAGACGAAUGCGCACCAAUCCUUCUUUGGAGGCUUUGCUCGUGAGUCUAGCUUGCUGCAUCGCCUGCUACGGCCUCAAGACACAUGGAAUGCGCGCAACGCAGAGCCACGCCUUCGAAGUCGGCUUCGUCACCGUCACCAGCACGCUUUACUUCUUCCUGCGUGAUCCUGACGAGCAGGCCGCCAUCUGGGCCACCGACCACCGCAAUUACCGCGCCUGUCCAGAAGACGGCGCUCUCAACGCUCUCCUGCUUCCGCCGUUGCUCGCCUGUGCGACGCUCUUCUCGGCGAUUCAGGACCAGGCCUUUGGUCGCAGCAGUGCGCGUGCUUCUGGCGAAGCCCUUCCAAACCCUCCCUGGCUGAUCGAAGGACCUCCUGUCAUCCUCAGUCACGACAAGAGACUCGGAGGCGGCAUGACGACGCUGGUGGUGUCUCGCUACUCGCUUGUGAGCACGAUGUGCAUGACGUCGACCGUCUUGCUUUGCCACCUUCUCGCGACCAAGUGGAUUCGUCGGCCCCACCAGUUUCCGAAGAGCAAUUGGAUCAAGCUGCGAAGCUUCAUCGUCUUUUCCUCGAUGGUCGCCGUCGUGCUCGAGCUCAUCAAGGAUGCAGCCGCGUUCUACGGUUUUCCUCUGUGGUCCAAUCUGGCACGCUGGGAGGUCAUCACCGCUGCGCUCAUCUAUCAGGCCAACCUUUACACCGUCUCUCGACUCGCUCGCAAGAGCUUCACGCUGGGAGAACUCGGCAUCGUUGCUGGAGUCGGAAUCACACUGACGAUGGAGACCCUCCAUCUCUUCGUUGCCAAGCUGCUGCCUGUCACGACGCCGUAUGUCAAGACCUUCCGGCGCCCUACGCCAUUGCUGAUCUUUCAGCUCGCACUGAUCGUCGGCACUUUCAUGAUCGGGUUCAUGCUGUCACCUCUCCUCUACCUUUCGAGGAAUCUGGCACAGAAGCCGACACACCGUCUGCGCUGGCCCGACAAGCGGGAUCUGCACCGACGUCUGCUCGCUGCGUUCUUCUAUCUCUUCGCCACUCUCUACGUCGUCGGUGUGCUGGGCAUGUGGGUGCGCUGGCUGCUAGUGCGCCGCGACCCGUGGCUCUGGGCGGUCUCGUUCAUGCUGCAGGGCACCAAGCCCUGGUCGCGCCCAGUGCUGGUUGGCUACUGGGUAGUGCUCAUCUCGGUCUCGAUCUCGUGCUGGCAAGCAGUCGUGGCCAACGCCAAACGCUUCCGCGGUCUCGGCAACUCAUACCAUCGUACGAUGCUAGGGUCCAAGAUGCCCAUCGGCGCUGCUGCAGCCAACAGCUCAGCAGCUCAGCUGAAAAUGCAACAGCAGCAACAGCAACAGAUCAACAGCGCCGCUCCGUCCGACGUGGUCCUCUCGGUCUCGCCCAACUCACACGCACCAGGCGGCGUCGCAGCUACACCUGUUGUCGUCGAUCCUGCUUCAGCGGAGGCGAACGGCGGGUCAGAUGCAGACCACGUCAAUGGAAGCGCAGUCACCGGAAGCGAGAGCAACACGAACGCAAAGCGAGCCAGCGGGGUGCAGUUGAAGCUCUCAACUUUCGGAGGUACCGCUUCUCUGCUCGCGAAGGAGCACAACACGGCUGCCGUCAAAAAGGCAUCGCACCUGUCGCUCAACGCUAGACGCAAGUUCUUCCACGCCCUGGCAGUCAUGCUGUUCAUUCCCGGCAUCGCUCUCGACCCGGCCUUGACGCACCUAGCAUUCUCGCUCGCCUUCUCGAUCUUCGUCUUCGCCGAGUACAUUCGAUACUACGCGCUGUACCCGUUCGGAGCUGCGUUGCACGUCUUCAUGUCCGAGUUCCUGGACCAUAAGGACUCGGGACCGGUGAUCCUGUCGCACUUCUACCUGCUCACCGGCUGUGCGGGUCCCCUCUGGCUCGAAGAUCACUCGCGCAUCCUGCAGCAAACAGGUGUGCUGGUCUUGGGAGUGGGCGAUUCGCUCGCCUCCAUCGUCGGGCGCAGAUACGGCCGCACCUACUGGCCCGGUGGAUCGAGCAAGACAGUCGAAGGAACCGUCGCAUUCGUCACGAGCAUCAUGGCGUCCGCUUGGCUGCUAAGGUUGGUCGGCUGGUGCGAGCAGUUUAGCUCGAUCAAGUACUUUACGGUUGUUGCGUCGUUGGGGUUGUUAGAGGGUGUCUCGGAUCAGCAUGAUAACCUGGUGCUGCCAAUCUUUGGGUAUGUCGUGGCGAGUUUGGUUGGGUUGUAG